UCGCUGCCCUCCAGAAAAAGUUGAAUCACAGGGCAUAGCGCCGGAGAUGUUCCCCGGUGCCACCACAGUGGAGGUAUGCGGACCUGUGUGCGGUGGUGGGGCCGCGGUGGUCUCCCCACCCGCUCGGGAAUUCUACUUCUGUUAGUCCCAACGUUUCUCCUCGCGCUCCAGCUCCUUGUGGUCGGGCCAUGGUUACCUCGAGCCACAAGGGUGGGGGUGGAGGAGCAGGAGGGCGCGGUUGCCUUUUCCGUUAUUAGCAUCGAACCGGAGAGGAGCUCACGCCAACGGGGAUCCCCGUCCGGAGGACCGGGUCAGGAGGAAGAGGACGAGGAGGUUGAAGUGGAAGAUGGGGGAAGGAGGGAGGGGGCUCGAGCGUUUGAGGAUGAGAACGAGAUGCACUCGCGCCAGAUGGGACCCAGAACACUGGAGGUGCAGCCAUGGGCGUCAGACAAGCCGUCCUUCACAGCAGAACUCAAUCGUAUCAUCACUUCUAUCACCAGGCCACAGCUAAACUGCUCCAGGGUUUUGUCUCCAGGUCAGGCUCAGGCAUCACAGCCCCCUGCAGAUUCACCCCACUGGCUGCUGUGUGCUGAAGACUGGCUCCUUCCUGCUGCAGAUAGACCAUGUGUUGCAUACUCCUUUAGUAUGGAUGGGAGAGAUGCAGAGUUUCUAAAGACUGUGUCACUACUGGGAUGUGAAGUCCACAGUUUUGAUCCCAGCAACUCCAAUGCAUCUGGUGGUCACCUUGGCAACAGUUUGGCUAGUAACCAUGGUGAUGGAGGCGUGGUCAGUCGGCACAAGAUGUGGCUGGAGUGGCGAGCUCCAAGGAAGCGCAAGCACAAGACUAGAGGCAACCUGGGUAGUGUUUCUCAAACACUGGCAGACAUCAUGGCAGCUCUGGGACAUCACACAGUUCACUUCCUUUAUGCUGACCUGCUCAGUGCUGAAUGGCGAGUUUUUCAGAACUGGAUUGAGUUGGGAACUCUGCAGAGUGUCCAUCAUGUGGUUGCCACAGUGCACCUGCAAUGGGCAGGGUUUGAAGUGGGCGGAACCAAUGAGGAAGUGCUCCGCUAUUGGUUCAGUGUCCUGCAGGGUCUCCAAGCUUUUGGACUCAAGCUGGUCCACAGCUCUGCAGGAGAGGGUCACAGUGUCCUAAAACAGACAGUACCUAAUGCUCACAGCUCCUACACACUCAGCUGGGUCAACACAAGACACUGACACACACACAUGAAUGGACACAGGCGUACCAGACGACCGGACAUUGUGGAUGGCCAACAAGAGGGAGAAGGUCGACCUUAAAAUAGUUGGUGGAGUUAUACUUUACUAACAAAAAACUUAUUUUCCUGUCAUUUCAGGCACACACUGUUCUUAACAGACAUCUCCCUCUAGUGGAGAUGUAGGGAUCUUCCUUUUUAUCACUCCACCCUUGGAGGGAAAUACUGUUGUGAUACUGAUUAAUUUGACCAAUAUGGAGCAGGAGGAGGGCUUGCUGAUUUAACUGGGCAACAGUGCUGUAAUGUAGUAAUUAGACUUACAAAUUUUAUUUUGUCUCAUUUGCAACAUAAAAAACAGCAGAUACUGUCAAUCUAAAUUGUUGCCACUGCUGGGUUCGGUCCUAAGUAGUGCUAAAUACCAAACAGACCUUUGAUUUUAUCAAUACUACAUCGUAUUAUUAUAUCAUACAGUACGACCCCUUUCAUUAAUCAUUAAUUUAAUCCAGAUGGAACUUGAAUGUAGAUUCAACAGAUUAUGGAGAUUCAGCAGUUUAUUUAUUGUAUUUUUUUUACAUUUCUGUAGGCCUGAAAUGCUUUUAUGUGCAAUAACCCUUUACAUUGAAGAGAAUGUUAAAUUAUAUUCAGACUAGUAGUGCCUACUGUGCAAUAUGUAGAAAUUUGUCCAUUAUGCUGAUGCAUUUUUGCACUGUACUGUGUACUGUAUAACAAACGCAAAAAAACAGUGAAACCGUGUUAUAAAGUUGCAUUAUUACCACAAUAAAAUACCAAA